AUCAAGCCAUGAGUGAUAAUAUUGUUGGUAUAGAAUAUAAUAGAGUGACAAACACCUCGUCUACUGAUUUCCCAGGACAUCAAGCUUCCGGGGAUUUUUCAUGGGAUAUUGAAAAAUUCAAGCAAAAUUUUGACAUUGAUAUUAAAUACUUGACUGAACGUACUGCAAAUUUCGAUUUAGUUCACAUUGAUACAUCUAUUGCCAAUGCAUUCCGUCGUAUCAUGAUUGCUGAAGUACCUUCAGUUGCUGCUGAAGCAGUAUACAUGUUUAUGAACACUUCUGUUAUCCAAGACGAAGUGUUGGCUCAUAGAAUUGGGUUGAUUCCAUUAAAGGUUGAUCCUGAUUUAUUGUCCUGGGUCGACAAAACUCAAGACGAAAAUAAUAGAUACACUGAAGACAACACAAUAGUAUUAUCUUUGGAUGUUGUUUGUACCAAGAACCCUAAUGCACCAAAGAAUUCCACCAAUGCUAAAGAAUUAUACAGAAACAGUCAUGUUUAUGCUUCUGAUUUAAAAUUCGAACCUCAUGGAUCUCAAUUAGAGAAAUUCAAGAAUAAUCCUGUUGUUCCAGCUGAUCCAAACAUCUUAUUGGCUAAAUUAAGACCAGGACAGGAAAUCUCCCUUAGAGCUCAUUGUAUUUUAGGUAUUGGAAGCGACCACGCAAAGUUUUCCCCAGUUGCCACUGCCUCAUAUAGAUUAAUGCCAGUUAUCGACAUACGUGAACCAAUUACCGGCGCAUUAGCCGUUAAUUUCCAAAAAUGUUUCCCUCCAGGUGUCAUUGGUAUUAAUGAUCAAGGUGAGGCUUACGUACAGGACGCUAGAAAGGAUACAGUUUCUCGUGAAGUUUUAAGACAUGAAGAAUUUGAUGGUAAGGUUAAAUUAGGUAGAAAAAGAGAUCAUUUUAUAUUCAAUGUUGAAUCCACCGGGGCAAUGUCUCCUGAAGAAAUUUUCUUUAAAUCGGUUAGAGUUUUGAAGAAUAAGGUUGAAUAUUUAAGAAAUUGUCCAAUUGGUCAAUAAUUUGUAUAGUUAGAUAGCAUGCCAUCAGUUGUAUAAAUAAAAUGGAAUAAUCCAAAUCAA